UCAGGUGAGAAGCCUGGCCUAGAGGUUCAUUUUAGUUGCCGAGCAACUAUAGAGAGACACUAUCUUUCGGAGCUGGGAUGUAGCCAGGUGCUGUCUCUCUGUACCACAGUCGAGCACUGUGAAGACAUAUGAUAGCAAUACAUUUCUACAGCUCUGCUAUUUAGCUCUGAUACAGCAUCAUGGUUUCUCUUAUCCUAUAGACCUUUUUUCCCCUUAUCUAGCCGAACAGGAAUUUAAUACAAUUGUGAAACACAUGAAGCUUACUUUCUGGGUGGAACCUUUCUUGCCUCAGGAAAAGCUGCAGCAGCUGGUGACAGAAGAGACUCCAGCCAUUGUUUUUUUGUAGGUUGCAAGUUAUCACAUUUACUUAUCAAAAUGAUAAGGUACAGUUCUGCGUCUGGUACUACAGUCACCACCUCUGAUAGCCUGGACCAAGCCAGAAGUAGGGGUGUCCGCACCAUGCGACUGACUCUCCAGGCUCACGACUCUUCCCCGGUACAGGAUGAAGCCACGAAGAAAGGAAAAACAGACAAUGAAGAGAAGCCAGUCACCCCGACCAGGAGAAGGAAGAAUGGGCAUGUCUACAGUGAGAGAACGGCCAUCACUGAGACGCCCGUACUGCAUCUCUCCAGUGUGUUGAAUGGAGCCUCAUCAGAGCCCCACAAGAGGGGCAUGGUCUACGGGGUGGUACACAGGCCCGACGCAGACAGCCGGAGGGAAGUAGUGGUCCGUGAGUGGUCAGCAAACCAGCUGACAGAUGAGAUGAACUACAUCAAAGAGGUGAGAGUUUCCUUGGAGAAGGUUAGAGAGAGAAUGUGCGGAGAAUUUGGAGGAAUACAGCAGAAAAUGCAGCAGCUUUCGCAGGACAUAAGAGUUGCGAAUUCACAGCGGCAGUCCUUGCAGUCUGAAGUGAAGGUGAAGACAGCAGCACUUGAAAGCUAUGAACAGAUGAGCAGCUCGCUCACGUCGGUGACAAUUGAUUUGCAGAAGUCCCUCGUGGACAGCAGCUUGGAGAGAAACGACAUGAAACAGGCAAUGAGGAGUCUGAAGGAGUCCUAUGAGAAUGCUGUGGAGAAACUGAAAGAAAAGGAGAGACAGCUGGAAGCAGCCCUGACAGAAAACGAGACCCUGAAACUCAAGGUAGAAUCCUCCCAAGAAUCGAAUUCUCAGGUGCUCCAAGAUAUGACCAGAAAACUUUACAAUGAAUAUGAAGACAAACUGGGGGAGGUGCAGCGCAUACACAGGAGAGAACUGGAAGCUCUUCAGGCCCAAGCCAAUGAAUAUAUUAGGCAGAUUCAGGAGGCCAAUGAGAAGGUGAGAAUAGCAGAGGAGAAGAUUAAUGAGAAAGACCAAAGGAUUGGUGAACUAGAUCGACUCAUCCUCUGCAUGGGAGAGGAACAAAACCAGCUUCAGAGGAGCUUACAAGAAAAUGAGCAACAGAGACAGAGACUGAGACAGACAGAUGAGAUUGACGGGCCAGAGAAAAGCAGGAGGUCCCAGCUGCUGGAGGAGGAGGCUUCUAGUCUGAGGGAACGAAUCAAACACCUGGACGACUUGGUCCACAACCAGCAGAGGAAAGUCAAGCAGAUGAUUGGGGAGAUUGAAAAUUUGAAGAGACAGAUUGAGCAGAAAGACAUGUGUAUAGAACAGCUGCUGGAAAGAGUAUCAAUCGUGGACUGUGAGAAUAAGGAGUUGCAAGACAAGAUGGAUUAUUUGAUGUCUCUUAGUAAUACACCAAGAGAUCAUGUGGAAACUAGGGAAAUUGGAGUUGAAUGUGACCUCCCUUACAGCACACAAACACAAGCACAGAUAGAAGCCCAGACACAAGAACCAACACAAAGAGCACUAAAGUACCCAGCAAGGACAUACACACCGUACAUGAGACUCAUGGAACUUACAGGAAAGACUCCAUAGCAAUGAACAAGUGGUCCUUCCAACACUGUUAUCUUCAACUGCACUGAACUAUUGCUUUAAAUAUUAUAUACAAAUGUGUUUACCUUGGUUUACUAACAGUUAGAUAAUACUGACUUUUUGAUAUAUAAAACAGCUAUUUUGCUGCAGGUCAAGACACUUAGAUUUUAUAUCUUUAAAAAGCUGAUUGCAUUAAAAUGAAAUGCCAUCAAAAUAUAAGCAAAGUGAAACUGCCUUGGAGCUCUGUUUUAAUGCUCUUAAUCACAUCAGCUGUUUAUAUACUGCCUCCUUCUGGAUUAUUAAAAAAGGACCCUUUGUGCACCAAGGUAUCUACAAUAGGUCACUUAAACAGGGCCUUGUCUGAUAAUGUAUGUUUAUCAUUAUUUAUAUAGGGAAUUAAACUAAAUGUGUCAAUUACCUUAAUAUUUGGCUUUGCAAUCCAAAAGACAGCCUGUACAGAAAUGAUCUUGCCAGAUGGAUUGCAUAGAGUAGUAAACACUGCCUUUGAUGUGAUUUGAUUGCGUUUGAAGCCCCCUGUAUUUAAGAAAGCAUAUGACUCUGGUAUGGAAAUUGCAAUAGUAUAAUCAUUAUUUAAUUUGUAUAUAUGCAGAAAAGGCAGAUGGAAGUAGCAAUGGAAUCGUGUUUUAAAGAGUGUAGCUACAGUAUUCAAUCAGAAGUCAAAAUACUCUUUAGUGUACUUUUAGCUUUGAUACUGUCAUUGUUUCAGCAAUAUGAUAUCCAUGUUUUCAAUUUGAAGCAGAACAUGUUUAAUUGAUGCUGUCCAUAACAACAUUAAGUAUGUAAUAUAAAUAUAAAUAUAAUAUUGAAUGGCAUUUUUGUACAGUAACAGUUAUGCUGGCAUUGAUAACAAUAUUUAUAUUUAAUACGGUAUACCUCUCACAAGAUGAAACUUAAGUUUUAACCAGUAUCUUUUUUUUUCUCUUUACAAUAACUGACAAAGCAUGUAAAUAAAGAAUAUGUAUUUCAAUCUUGUGCUUAAUAUAUAUUUUUAACUACACUUUGCAUCAUCUUGGUGAAUUGUUUUCUUAUAUGUUGUAUAGCAAUAUUAUCAUUGCAUGUCUAUCUACAAACUAUAUAAUAAAAAUACUUAUUUUACAAAAA